CUUCCCUGGAACAGAUAUUCCUGAUUUAGGCCAAGCAGCUCCACUCCCCCUCUUCCAACACAGGACUUCUCCUUAUGAGAUGGGACUCUGAACCAGACAGAGAAUAUUUCAUGCCUGGAAUCUUAACUGUGCUGUCCCAUGGCUGUGUGGAUCUGCAGGUCCUGACGUGCUGGGAAACAGAGGAACUACCCCGGAACAAUCAGAGAAGAAUUUGGACUUUGGUCUUUCUGAAGGUGUUCGUUUUUUGCUUUUGAAGCUUUUUUUUCUGAAGCUGGAAUAAUGUCUCUGUGCCACUGCAGGCUGGCCUUGCUUGCAGCAGAGAUCUGUACCAUGAUGGUCAUUCUGGUGUCUGGCACUGCAGGGCAGAGCCCCGACGGGAGGGAGGCGGGGUCCUCCUGUUACGGGGGCUUUGACCUUUACUUCGUUUUGGACAAGUCAGGGAGUGUACAGCACCACUGGAAUGAGAUAUAUUACUUUGUUGACCACCUGGCUCAUAAAUUCAUAAGUCCUCAGCUUCGGAUGUCCUUCAUUGUAUUUUCAACAGAGGGACGGAUCCUGAUGAAACUAACAGAAGACAGGGAGCAGAUUCGCGCGGGCCUGGAAGAGCUCCGCAUGGUGCACCCCGGGGGAGACACUUUCAUGCACAAAGGAUUCCAACGGGCCAGUGAACAAAUCUAUUAUGCUGGUGACAGUUUCCGUACGGCCAGUGUCAUCAUUGCCUUGACAGAUGGUGAGCUGAGGGAGAAUCAGUUUGAUCUGGCAGAGAGAGAGGCCAGCCGUUCUCGUCAGCUGGGUGCCUCGGUCUACUGUGUGGGAGUAAAAGACUUCAAUGAAACUCAGCUUUGGACCAUAGCAGACAGUAAGGACCACGUGUUCCCUGUGAAUGACGGCUUUGAGGCGCUUCAAGGAGUCAUCGAUUCGAUCCUGAAGAGAUCAUGCAUUGAGAUCCUGGCAGCAGAGCCCUCAAGUAUAUGUGCAGGAGAGUCCUUCCAGGUAGUAGUGAAAGGAAACGGUUUCUCCCAUGCCCGCGAGGUGGGGAAGGUCCUCUGUAGCUUCCGCAUCAACGACACUGUCACUUUGAUGAAAAGGCCAUUGGUGGUGAGAGACACCUAUCUCCUUUGCCCAGCUCCCGUACUGGAGGAGGAGGGGACGGCAGCAACCCUCCACGUCAGUAUGAACAAUGGCCUGAGUUUCAUCUCCAGCUCGGUCACAAUCACCACAGUCAGCUGUUCUGAUGGGAGGUUGUUGGCCAUUGCUCUGCUGAUCCUGUUCCUCCUGCUGAUUGUGGCCCUGUUGUGGUGGUUCUGGCCUCUCUGCUGCACAGUGAUCAUUCAUGAGCCUCCACCUCCUGUGAUGGAGGAAAGCUCAGACGAGGACGAGGACGGGUAUCCCAAGAAGAGAUGGCCCACAGUGGAUGCCUCGUAUUACGGUGGCCGAGGUGUUGGCGGCAUCAAGCGAAUGGAGGUCCGGUGGGGUGACAGAGGUUCCACUGAGGAGGGGGCCAAACUGGAGAAAGCUAAGAAUGCCCGAGUCACAUUGCCAGAGCAGGAAUUUGACAUGCCACCAACACGCACUCUCAACAAUGGAAUGCACAAACCUAUCAGCCCCCAGACGUGGUACUCUCCAAUAAAGGGCAAGCUGGAUGCUCUUUGGGUGUUUUUAAGAAAAGGAUAUGAUCGGGUGUCUGUGAUGAGACCCUAUCCUGGAGACAAGGGGAGAUGCAUAAGUUUCAACCGGGUGAAAUCCUACCCAGCUCCUCGUUAUCCAAUCUACAACCAGCCCUCCACGCCCAUCUACAGUCUUCCUCAUGCCUACAGCCACCCCUCCUCACGGGGCACCCUCUCCCACAUGCCACCCACCCCCACCUCCACACUUCCACCCCUGCCGUCCACGCCCCCUCCGUCCUGCACCACUCCUCCCCCAUACACCCCUCCUCCAAACCGGGCCUUGCCCCCGUCUUCUCCAACUUCAUCCUCCCCUGUGGCCCCGCCCACCCCUCCACCCUUUUGUCCAGCCGCACCCCCCUCCCCAACUGGCUCUCUCCCGCCAUCCCCUCAGGCUCCACCCUUGUGCAGAGCUCCUCCGCCUUCACGCCCUCCCCCACGCCCAUCUGACCAAUGCCAGUGAGGAUGAGAAGGAGAAAAGGGUCAAAACAUCUGUCAAGGAAAUGAAAAUGACCCCAGUACUGUUUCUUUCCUCCACCUACCCACAAUACCAUCAACAGACAGACAAGCCAGAGAAAAAGCCCUGGUCUAGCCCUCUGGAACACUAUCUACUUCACCCAAAGGAUCAGAGAGAAGCUAAGCAAUUGAUCUGUCAAAGAUUAUAUUUGUCAUCUGCUCUAUUUAAAAGGAAUCAGGAAGAUUGACAUAAAUAGUUUUUUAUUCUAAGAUUUUCAGAAAAACGAGCUCCAGGUAGUACAAGGCUGUGGCCAA